AUGAAUAAAAAGGAAGCAGAGCUCCCUGCCAAUAGAAAUCCUGACCUUCAAAAGAACGUUAUAUAUCAUGAAAGUAGAUUCUGGCAAAUAUUAAACGAGAUUGAACUUCCUCUUAUUAUAAUCUUGCAAAAAUUAUUUUUCAUCCAAAAAACAUAUGACUUCUUUAAUAAGAAAUUUUCAGCCAUUGCUUCAUCAAAGCUUAUGUCAUACAUGCCGCUCAUUCUAUUAGGUCUUGGAAAAACUUUGGAAGCGAGGCAUUUUGCAAAAUCAGCAGUACUAUAUGCUUUAUUAUCAAGCUUAGGCAAAAACACAUUCAUCAGAAGACGACCUGGGAGUUUUGCAGGUGUUUACUCUCCUGACUGUGCAACAACUUCUUCAUUUCCAAGUAGACAUGUUAUGGCAGCUUCAAUUAUCGCUAGUUUUACUCCAAUCAAAACUAUACUAAUGAUUGCUGUCAUAUUUGACCGUUUAGUUAUUGCAAAUCAUUAUCUUACUGACUGCUUAUUUGGAAUGGGAUUUGGAUUUGCAUGUGUUUAUAUGGCAAAUUUAUACGAUGAAAGCAGCUUAAUAAUAUGUCUUGCAGCAUUUAGUGUUUUUAUUUGGAAAGGAGGAGCCAAAAUUAUCGGUGGAUGCAUCCCUAUAGCAGCAUUUAGACUAGAACGUAAUUUAAGUGUUCUCGUUUUUCCUUUAAUUUUCUUAAGUUCCAUUUUUAGAGAUAUAGCUCAUAAAAUGAAUCACGUUAAAAAGGAACCAUUUCAUGAUGCAUGCUAUAUGUUAUUUGCUCAAAGUGCUGUACUUUAUCUGAUGAUCAUCUCUGAUUCAUUUUUGAGAAAGUAUAUCACAUCAGAUAUUCAUGAUUUAGGAUCUAUACUAGCAAUUGCUCGUUCAUGCUUUGCAUCAUCAGCUGAAUCGAAUUUGUAA